UAAAGAACAUUACUCAUGAUGGUCCGCAGGAACGGUCGCUACACCGUCAGCCUCCGCGGCUUCCGGGAUUUCGCCUUCGGGAACAAGCCGCCUGACGACGAGAAACAAGAAGAAAAGCCUGAAGAAGAUUUAUCUAACCACGAAGACAUUUUUCUCAAAAGCAUUAUCGAAAGUCCUGAUUUUGGGAGAAAAUAUUCCGUAGAUUCUGAGGAGGACUUAAUAAUAAAACCCGUCUCCUUGGAUAACGUAAACAUAAUACGUUCGUUGAGUGAAUAUCGAGGCAAUAACAUACGAACUAUUGAGCAAGCAGAACUCGCUAUAUUGCUAUCACGAGUGCAUUUUAAGGCUCUUAUAGAUGCUCAUGAUCAAAUUGGAGCAAUUUGGCUGGAUAGAGGCUCAGGCAUAGAUGAGAAAGCAACUGAGAAGGACAAAAACAGUGAAACAACGGACAACACUGAUAAAGGACUUGAUCUUGACUUAAACGGAGACAUGCCUGUGGAAACUAUUAAAGUAGUAGGAUUAAGAAAAGUGCCCGGUCAGCCUCUAGGACUAACUGUUACAACAGAUGAACAUGGGCAACUUAUAGUAGCCAGAAUAUUAGCGGGUAGUGCUGCGGCUAAACAAGCACUACUUUCUGUAGGAGAUGUACUUCUGGAAGUAGAUGGUGUACAUAUUGACUCCGAGGACCAGCUUAAAGAAGCAGUGUCCAAGCCCAAUGAUAGAGUCACCUUAAAAGUGGGACCGAAUCUAAAAGAGAAAAGUGGACAAUUAUCAAAUAAGCUUAGCUGUUAUAUGAGAGCCCUCUUUGAUUAUGAUCCAAAAGACGACACGUUACUUCCAUGUAAGGAAAUUGGAUUGCCAUUCAACAAAGGAGAUAUUUUACAGGUUUCAGAUAGAAAAGACCCAAAUUGGUGGCAAGCGAGUCAUGUUGAGAACACAGAGGUAGUGGGUCUCAUUCCUUCCCCUGAGUUGGAAGAGAGACGGAAGGCGUAUGUGCCGCCUGAAGCAGACUUUGUACACAAAAUAAGCAUCUGUGGUGCGCGGAUAUCGAAGAAGAAAAAGAAGUUUGUGUACGAGUCCCGGUCCAGCGUGCAGCUGGAGGGCGCGGAGCUGUCGCUGUACGAGGAGGUGGCGCGCACGCCGCCCUUCCUGCGCCGCGUGCUGGCGCUCGUCGGCACCAAGGGCGUGGGCCGCCGCACGCUCAAGAACCGCAUGAUACACGAACAUCCUGACAGAUUUGGUGCUGUUGUACCGCAUACGUCUCGUCCGCCGCGUCCGUUGGAGGAGAACGGUCUGUCGUACUGGUUCGUGUCGCGCGAGGAGAUGGAGCGCGACGCGCACGCCGGCCGCUUCCUGGAGUACGGCGAGCACAACGGACACAUCUACGGUACACACCUGGACUCCAUACGAGCCGUCAUCAAAGAGGGUAAGAUGUGCGUGCUGGACUGCGCGCCGGCGUCGCUGAAGCUGCUGCACAACAGCAGCGAGUUCCUGCCGUACGUGGUGCUGGUCGGCGCGCCCGGCAUCGACCAGCUGCGCAACCUCACAUACGCCUCCAACAGGAACCUCACGUUCGACAGGCAGAGCUCCAUCCGCUACAGCUCGCGGCGCGCGCGCACGCUCGAGUCUCUCGCAUCGCUAUACGAGGAGGAAGAUAUGAAGCAAACGCUAGAGGACAGCGCUCGCAUCCAGAGAACAUAUGAGAAGUACAUCGAUCUUGUGUUAAUCAAUAACAAUAAUGACACCACUUACUCUAAAAUAAUGGACGCUCUCCACUCGCUGUCCACAGACCACCAGUGGGUGCCUGUCAGCUGGAUUUAUUAACCUUUAUAAGCAUUAGGAUUUAUUUUAAGCAACCAUGGUCUUCCCAGCUAAAUUUGUUCGUAAUAGCAGCCUUAUAGCUUACAAAAAUAAUAUACCUCUAAUUAAAAUUUAAACGUCAUUUAGAUAUUUAAACAAUUUGUACGAUGUAGAUUCUCAUCACCAUGCACAAGUUAGAAUUCUCGAUUUUUAUGUAUCGAUCUACAAAUUUCAUGUAUUGUCAAAAUCAGCAGUUUAUUUAAGAAGACUUGCCUUUGUUUUAUUGUAUUACAUUUCAACUGCCUACUUUUUAUGUCGUUUGUUUACUAAGAUAAUUUGUGCUGAAAUAUUUUCUCCCUCUCGUCUCAAAAAUCAGAGACAAGAAAUUGUUUUUGUACAGUAAAAACAAUUACAAUAAAUAAUGUAUAAGGAUAAUAAUAAUAGAAUAAAAGCAAUAGCUACUUAUAAGGAAUUUUGAUAUUUUUUUAAGAUUUUUUUUUAUCGAAUUUAAUGUACGGUCAUCACAAAGUUAUCACAGCUUUAGACAUAGUAUUAAGGAAUAGAUGUACGUUUUAUACCAUGGUUGCAUUGAAUUUUAAAUGCAAGAUAUUGCAGAUAUGUAGACAGUUUGCUCUAUCAAAAAAGGAGAUGGUUUAGCACCAAGCUAUUCUAGCACUGAGCAAUAUUGUAAAUCAUUCCAUUGAUAUGAUCUAUAUUUGUUCUUUACAAAACUGUUACCACAGGCUUUGCUGAUUUUAUAACCUUGAAAUUAUAACAUUGCCUAUUAAAACAUUUUCAAUAUUAAUAUGUUCAAAAUUUAACAUCCCACCAAAAAAAUAUAAAAAAACCUUAGCUGUAAGAUUUUUGUGUCAUUACAAUUAUUACAAUUAUGUUUACUAAACAUUAAGGUACACAGGCCUAAAUAAUUAGUGAAUAGAACUUUUUUAUAUUUAGUCUAGCUUAAUUUAAGAACAGCAUGCAUUUAAACAAUGAAAUCUAUGUAAUAAGUAUCUAAUGCCCGUUUUACUAAAAUUUAAUUCACAAGCAUAUAUCUAGUUUUUAACAUUUUUUAGUACUGAUGAGAAUAUCAAGAAUUAUGAUAUAAUGUUAAUGUCAUGUUAAAAUCCGUCAAAAUUAAUUUCUUACAAGUCAUGUACCUUUAGUGAAAACGGACAUUACUGCUGUUGUCUUAAGAAAAAUAUAGUAAAGGCGCAACGGAGCAACGCAAUCACAUGUAUUUUUAUAUUUAUAGCAAAAUAAUUAUUUCUUAUAUUACGUUAUUAAAAUAUUUACAUUAUAUUUUGAAAAAUAAUAUAGUUUUUCAAUAUAGCACAUAUAAUUGAAAGGUAUGGCAGCAUCUACGACGACUUCUUUUUUAUCAUCUUUAUAUCUUGGAGGUUUAGAGAUAGUUGUAUGUUUGUGUUGUGUGUAUUAAAUAUUAUGUAGUUUGAUUUGCGUAUUUUAGCUUGUAUUUCGUAAAGUAUCUCACAUUCCGUCCAUUUUGUUUCGUUUGUUAAGCUAUAAAGUCUAUUUGUACGAAGAGUAUUUCAAUAUAUGCAUCGAGCAAAAGCAA